AGCUGGUCCAUUCCAUUUUUCCAAAGCUCCUCACAGGAAUUAGAGGUAUUUCAGAAGAGACAACCACUGGAGUUCACAACCUGUACAAGAUGAAGGCCAAUGGGACCCUGAAAGUGCCAGCUAUCAAUGUUAAUGACUCUGUCACCAAGAGCAAGUUUGAUAACCUUUAUGGUUGCAGAGAGUCCCUCAUCGAUGGCAUCAAACGUGCUACAGAUGUCAUGAUUGCUGGAAAAGUAGCAGUUGUGGCAGGUUACGGUGAUGUGGGCAAAGGCUGCGCUCAGGCCCUGCGGAGCUUUGGAGCCAGAGUCGUCAUCACUGAAAUUGAUCCCAUCAAUGCACUGCAGGCAGCCAUGGAAGGCUAUGAAGUUACAACCAUGGAGGAGGCCUGCAAAGAAGGCAAUAUCUUUGUUACCACCACUGGCUGCACAGACAUUGUUCAGGGCAGGCACUUUGAGCAGAUGAAGGAUGAUGCCAUAGUGUGUAAUAUUGGCCAUUUUGAUGUGGAAGUUGAUGCAAAGUGGCUGAAUGAAAAUGCAGUAGAGGCGGUGAAUGUUAAACCUCAGGUGGAUCGCUAUACACUGAGGAAUGGCCGUCAUGUUAUACUGCUAGCAGAGGGCCGACUGGUCAACUUGGGCUGUGCCAUGGGUCACCCUAGCUUUGUUAUGAGCAACUCCUUCACCAACCAGGUGCUGGCACAGAUCGAGCUGUGGACCAAUAGUGACAAAUACGCUGUUGGAGUCCAUUUCCUGCCAAAGAAGCUGGAUGAAGCUGUGGCUGCUGCUCAUCUGGAUAAACUGUGUGUGAAGCUGACAAAGCUGAGUGACAAGCAGGCCAAAUACCUAGGCUUAUCAAGAGAUGGGCCAUUCAAGCCAGACCACUACAGAUACUGAGCAGGUGGCACUACCCAAAGACCAAAGUGCAGGGAUACAACCUUCCAAAGCUCUUGUGUGUGCUGGGCUUCUGAGAACAAGAACAAUAUUCCUUUCAGUGCUGCAGAACCCCUCCCCUUACCAAGGGAGCUUCAGGGCCUUAUUUCUUAGUGAAAGAGGAUCACUCUGACUCUUGGAAUUAGAAUUGGUUACUUAGCUAAUGUCA